AUGGGAUUGACUGCGUCGUGUCCACAGCGCUCGCCAGCAAAUGAUGCUAGCACUGUGCCUGCUGCGCAUCGAGCUCGUUCCAAGCCAGCUCGUCGCCUCGUGUCCACGCCCCUCAGACCUGAUGCGACCAUGAGCAGUACGAACAGCAAUGCUGACCUCGACCUCAUCCUCCUUCUUCCUUUCACCUCUUGGUUUCUUCUAUGCUGCUCUUGGCAACUGGAUGCGCUUGUUGCGAUCCUUGGCGGCUACGACGACCGUCGCCACUCGGACGAUCCGCCCGUUUUCGCCAUUGACAUCGCAGCCGCGUCGGACAGCGACGUGCAUACGCCGCCCACCAUCUUUGCCGACAUGAACGCCGCCAACUUUGACCAGUAUGGUCUGCUGUCGCAUCAGCACGCGUCACAUCACCACCAGCAGCAGCCGCAUCACCAGUUCAACUCGGCGCUCGCCCAUUCGGGUGCACAGGGCGAUGACAUUUUCAUUGCACGACAGACGAUGUUUGAUGCGGUGAGUCGGUUGUCUGCGCAGCUGCGGCAUGCGGCCGAUUCGUGCGAUGCAUUCGUCAAGGUGGUUGCGCGUCAGAAUCCGAACGUCGCCGCUUUAGUGUUGGCGCAGCAGGGCAAUGUGUCGAGUGCGGGUGGUGCAAGUGUACCGUCCACAUUUGACUUUCUCAACAACAUUGCCAACGGUUCGCAUGCGGUCAGUACAGCUGGAGCCGAGACGGCAGCUGCGGCAGGAACGGGGGGAGCGAAUGGGAAGGAAGCCAAGAAGUUGAGCAAGUUACAGAAGCGCAAGGAGAAGCGACUUCGCGAUCCGGAUGCGCCCAAGCGACCUCCGAGUGCCUACCUGCUGUUUCAGAACGAGGUGCGUCAGGAGAUCCGCAAGAAACAUCCCGGUCUGCCGUACUCGAGUGUGCUGCGCAAGGUGUCCGAGGCAUGGAAGGAGUUGACCGACGAACAACAGAAGGUGUAUCACGAUAAGACCACCGAAAACAUGGUCACCUGGAACCAACAAAAAAAGGAACACGAAGCCAACAUGAACCCCAUCUCCCUAGACCCCUAA